UUAUUUUUUAUUUUUCAAUGUUUGAUUUUUCUAUUUGCGCCCGAACCCAAUUGCGACUUGCGCCCAGUUAUUUAUACUCUAAUUUACUGGACUGACCUUCGAAUCCUCCUCCCCUAUUAAAUUAUACUACUUAGGGCCCUCAAAUUCUACAUUUAUCAAGCGUCAUGUCGAAACGCACAGCAGAGAACGAAGAUGGAAUCACCCCUCUCAAGGGAGGUGGCCGUCCCGAGCCGAUGGAUAUAGACAACGAUAAAGAAAUGGGCGAUUUUGAAGAUGAAUUUGAGGACGAGUUCGAGAGUGAGGAUGAGAUAUUCGAAGCUGGUGUGGAUGGUAGACCAGAUGCUGAGCGCGAGGCCGAAGAGCGCGCCGCUGGAGCUAUGGAUGUCGACAGUAACAACAAUGGGACAUUCAUUGUUGGCCGUAACAAGCUUGAAGCUGGCCAACAUCUUGCUCCCGAUCUAGGAACCUAUGAAAUGCUACAUAACCUUAGCACACCCUGGCCAUGUCUCUCAUUCGAUAUCGUUCGCGACCGACUUGGAGAUAGCCGAGAAAGGGCUUACCCUGCGGCCAUGUAUACAGUUGCCGGUACCCAGGCUGAGAGUGGCCGGGAGAAGGAGAAUCAGUUGAUGAUCAUGAAGUUCAGCGGGUUGAGUCGCAUGCAAAAGGAGAUCGAAGAUUCUGAAUCAGAUGAUGAUGAUGACGACGAAGAUGCCGACCCUAUUCUUGAGUCCAAGUCUAUCCCCUUGACCUCGACUACAAAUCGCAUUCGGAGUCAUCAGAUUCCCUCCCAAGACCCUUCGAAGCCACCCACCACCCUUACCGCAACCAUGACAGAGUCAACCGACGUCUUCAUACACGAUGUGACUCCUCAUCUAGCAUCUUUUGACAACCCUGGAACCAUCAUCACCCCUCAGCAGAACAAACCGCUUUCGACCGUUCGAGCUCAUAAAUCUGAGGGUUAUGCUGUUGAUUGGUCGCCCAUGGUUCCUGGAGGCAAACUUCUAACAGGCGAUAAUGAUGGCCUCAUAUAUGUGACAACAAGAACGGACGGCGGAGGCUGGGUGACCGACACCAGGGCCUUCCAGGGCCACACCAACAGUGUUGAGGAAAUUCAAUGGAGCCCCCAGGAGGUGUCGGUGUUCGCUUCUGCAUCAAGCGACGGCACAGUUCGCGUUUGGGACGUGCGAAGCAAGAGCCGGAAACCAGCCAUUACGGUACAAGUCAGCUCCACUGACGUCAAUGUCAUGUCGUGGUCAAGACUGACCACACAUUUACUCGCGACUGGUGCCGAUGACGGAGUUUGGGGUGUUUGGGACUUGCGACAAUGGAAAGGAGGCGCACAGAAGCCAAGUCCCAUCGCAAGUUUCAAUUACCAUAAGGAGCAAAUCACCAGCAUUGAGUGGCACCCUACGGAUGAUAGCAUGGUGGCUGUUGCGGCCGGAGACCACAAAGUCACUCUGUGGGAUCUUUCGGUGGAGUUGGACGACGAGGAGAGCAAAGAUACUGCGGGCGUUAAGGACAUGCCGCCGCAACUGCUCUUCGAGCAUAUCUCUGAGCAUGCCAAGGAGCUCCAUUGGCAUCCUCAGAUCCCGGGGACCUUGGUUGCCACAGGCCAGGAGUUCAGCGUAUUCAGACCCAUACCUGUCGUCUACGGUAUACAUGGUAAAUGAGAGUUGUGCGGUUUAGAUCUAUAGGUACUACAUAUUGUGUUGGUACCAAGUUCCCUCUUGGCACUCAUUCGAAUCGAAGGGCCCCAUCUUCAGCAGAAACUCGAGGCACUCUAAGACGUGAGCGGAAACUAGGUAGGCAAUCGCAACUUCAGUACCUCUACGAUACCCUUUCAGCCCUGAACCAUUCCUGAACGUGUUCCCGGAAAUCCUCUUGUA